CCCAAAUAUUCGACAGCAGGUUAUUUCCCAUUUUCCCUCUAGGGCUAAUCUUCACACAUAUAUUCAUCGUCUUCGAACAACACGAAACCCUAACGGAGACUCUUAACGGCGGCUAACGUUUUCCGACGAGAUAACGCUUUAUUUCUGCAUCGAUUUUGUUGAUAUAGUUUUCCGACGAGGUUUGAUUGGAUUGUGGAUUGAUGCAUUGGUACUAGGGUGUUCAGGAAUUGUGUUUUGGAUUGAACGGAAGGGGUGGGGGUAUGGAGCCUGCGGCGGGGAAACGUAAAGGGAGGAAAAGGAAGAGGAAGGACGGGGAAGAUGUGGAUAAACCGGAGAAAACGGCGAGAAAAACGGUUCUAGCCAUUAGGUCGGUUGUGCUUAUCGAGCGGUAUGUGAAGAAGAUGUUUGAGUGUGGUGAGUUUCUUGGGAAGAUUAUUUCGUAUGAUACCGGAUUGUAUAGGGUUGUUUACGAAGAUGGGGAUUUUGAGGAUUUGGAAACGCAUGAAGCGAAAGCGCUUCUUGUCGGGGACGAUGAAUUGGAUGGUGCUUUUCGUAAACGGAAGAAGUCUCUUGAUCAGUAUGUAUUGAAAAAGUAUGGUAAGAACGAGCCAGUUCGACGGGAUGCUGUUUCCAAGAAGGUUGAAAAUGUCGGGAAUGAUGAUGCUGUUAAAUCAGCGGAGGAUGAUAAGGAUGAAACUGUGAGUAAUGAUAAUGAUGCCAAUGCUGAUAAGGUUGAAAGUUCUGCUGCUGGUGCGGAUCGGGUUGAGGUGGACAGUGAAUCAUCCAGCGACUUAAGUGAUUACGAGCUGUCUGUUGACGUGGUGGAGGUUGAACGUCCUUGGGUCCCACCGCCACAGUUGCCGCCUUCUUCUGGAAAUCUCGGGGUUCCCGAGGAGGAUGUGUCACACCUUCUAUCCGUGUAUAGCUUUCUGCGGUCGUUUAGCGUUUGUUUGUUCUUAAGUCCUUUUGGACUUGAUGAGUUUGUUGGUGCUCUUAAUAGUUCUGUUCAUAAUACAUUGUUGGAUGCCAUUCAUCUUUCCCUUAUUCGUGCUUUGAAGAGUCAUGUGGAAACUCUCUCUUCAGAAGGGUCCGAGCUUGCAUCAAAAUGCCUCAGAAUAAUGGAUUGGAGCUUGCUUGAUUCAUUAACUUGGCCAGUGCUCACAGUACAGUAUCUAACGACUAUGAGAUACACAGAAGGGCAAGAAUGGAAAGAAUUUUAUGUUAACGUGUGGGAAAAAGAUUAUUACACUCUCUCUGCAGGUAGAAAGUUAGCCAUUCUGCAGCUGUUGUGCGACGAUGCAUCAAAUUCUGCAGAAAUAAGGACAGACAUAGACAAUCGAGAGGAAACCGAAAUCGGCCCAGAUUCAGAUGGAGUUGUUACUGUCUCAAUCGAUGAAAGUAUCCCUAAAAAAGGUCGCACAUCUAAGAAUUCUUUAUCUAAGGAUCAAGAAGCUGUAAAAACAGUUUCGGAAGCUACUGGCGGUGAUGAUGUUGAUGAAGAUGGUAAUGGUGAUGAAUGCCGCCUAUGUGGCAUGGAUGGGACGUUAAUUUGCUGCGAUGGAUGCCCGUCAUCGUAUCACUCCCGAUGUAUAGGAAUGAUGAAACUGUCUAUUCCUGAAGGGGAGUGGUAUUGUCCAGAGUGUACGAUUAAUAGAAUCGGGCCAGUUGUUACCAAGACAACGUCCCUUAGAGGAGCUGAGUUUUUCGGGAUUGAUCCUUAUGAGCAAGUGUUUUUGGGCUCUUGUGAUCAUCUGUUAGUGAUGAAAGCUUCUACAAGUUCAGGCUCACAUAUUCAUUACUAUUCUUCCGUUGAUAUACCAAAAGUUUUGCAGUCACUUACUUCCUCGGCUGAGUAUACAGCUUUAUACCUGGACAUAUGCAAGGGUAUUUUGCAAUAUUGGGAGAUUCCCGAAAAUAUAUUUUCUCUCCCUGACCCCAUUGGAAUAGAAUCAAUAGAUGAUAAAAGCGGUGCUACUAAUGCACAAGAUGCAGUUAUUACCGCUGAAAAUGGUACCGUUGUUGCUGAAUGUGACUCAAAGGAUGUGGGGACUGCAUGUCAUGUAGAAAUAUGUGACGGGUUAGCGAAUGAAUCCGCCACUGAAAACAGGAGUUGCGAUAAUAAAAGCGAUAUCAACAGUGUGUGUGAACUGUCAACUUUACCCUCUGAGAAGACAGAAGCUAGUUUAGCCAAGUUUUACAAGGGUUCAUCCUUUAAACCACAGGCAUACUUAAACGUCUACGUUAACGGAGAUUUUGCCGCAUCAGCCGGUGCUAGUUUAGCCAUUUUAUCAUCAGAAGAAAAGCUGGGAACGCAAACUCAACCGUCAACAAGCAGCCAUAGAAAAUUAAUAGCUGCUAAUUACUCACUUCAAGCAAAGGCAUUUUCUCUUGCUGCUAAACGUUUUUACUGGCCGGAUUACGAAAAGAAGCUUGUAGAAGUUACUAGGGAAAGAUGUGGCUGGUGUUUUGCUUGCAAAGCUGUUGUUGCUAGCAAAAGAGCGUGUUUGUUGAAUGCAGCUGCUUCAAAUGCCGUUAAAGGUGCUGCAAAGAUACUUUCUUCUUUGCGGCACUCGAAAAAUGUGGAGGGCAGUCUUGCUUCUAUUGCGACUUAUGUUAUGUUUAUGGAAGAAAGUUUAUAUGGUUUAACGGUUGGGCCUUUUUUAAAUUCGAGUUAUAGAAAGCAAUGGCAGAAGCAUGUUGAGGAAGCCUCGACUUUGGGUGAAAUAAAGGCCUACUUGCUUGAAUUUGAGAGGAAUAUCCGCGACAUUGCUUUUUCAACGGAUUGGAUUAGGCUUGUUGAUGAUACGGGUUCUGAAAGUCAACCCAGUCAAAGUGCUAAAAGUGUGAUAGGGUCGACUCAAAAACGUGGUCUGGGUAGGCGUGGUAGAAAACAAGCUAUAAUAGUACCUGAAACCUAUGACGCUGAUGCAAAAGAUUUAUCAACCGAUUUUGCUUGGUGGCGAGGUGGUAUGCUUUCUAAGCACAUAUUCCAGAAAGGCAUAUUACCACGAAUGAUGAUUAAGCAUGCUGCUCGACAAGGUGGUUGUGGAAAAAUAAACGGUGUGCAAUAUGUUGAUGGUCUUGAAAUCCCUAAAAGAAGCAGGCAGUUUAUCUGGCGAGCUGCAGUGGACUUGAGCAAGACUACAUCACAGCUUGCUCUUCAGGUUAGGUACCUAGACCUCCACAUGAGAUGGAACGAACUUGUUUGUCCUGAACAACCUCUUCACGACGGAAAGGGUCCAGAAGCAGAAGCAUCUGCUUUCAGGAACGCUUGCAUCAUCGAUAAGAAAAUUUUGGGAAACAAAAUCAGCUACGGCGUCGUUUUUAAAAAUCAAACACAUCUUCCUUCUCGUGUUUUAAAACGAGUAUUGGAAGUAGAGGAAACCGGAGAUAGAAAGCCGAAAAAUUGGUUCCUUGAGACGCACAUUCCUCUAUAUCUUAUCAAAGAGUAUGAGGUGGCAAUGGUUGCGAAUGUAAAUUUACCUACAGCUAUAACGCAUGUGAGCAAAUCAUCGAGGUUGAACAAAAAGCAGUUAAACGCUUCUGGCAAAAAUAUAUUUUUGUUUCUAGAGCAGAAGAGGGAUAACAUGGGGAAGUGCUUUUGUACUUUCUGUCAACACGAUGUUUCUUUCAGGAUUGCUGCAAGGUGCAGUGCAUGUCAAGGUUACUGUCACGAGCAGUGCGCUGUCGGCACAAAUAUCCAUACAGUGGCACGAGUCGAGUUUUUAAUCACUUGUAAACGAUGCUACAUUGAAAAAGAAGCCGCUUCUAAAACCGAAGUUGUUGGUGAUUCUCCUACUAGUCCUUUGCUUUUGCAAGGUCAAGAAAGUCAACAUUCCGCAACAGUUAUUAAAAUCAAAUUAGGAAGACAAAACGGUCAUGAAAGCUCGUUAGAGUAUUCAAAUCCUACAUCCAAUCAUAAAAAGGGUAAAAGUGGAAAGAAAAGCAGUAAAAGUCGUGUAUUACAAUCCGUUGACCAAAAGCCGAAAAGUAAUAAUUUAAAGACGGGCUCGAAAAAGAAAACCAACAGGUUAUGUUUGGGGUUGAUUUGGAAGAAUAAGAACCCGGAUGACACAGGAACGAAAUUUCGGAUAAAUAAUAUACUUAUGAAGGGUAAUCCAAACGGGCACCUGCUCGCACCCAAGUGUCACCUCUGUGCAAAACCGUAUAACCCUGAUUACAUGUAUAUAAAAUGCGAGCAGUGCAAGAAAUGGUUUCACGCUGACUCGGUUGAGUUACAAGAGUCUAAAAUUAUGGAAUUGUUUGGAUUCAAAUGCUGUAGGUGUCGAAGGAUACGGAUACCCAUUUGUCCUUACACGGAUCCCGAGACCCGACAGAAACUGGAGGCGAAAAAGGAAGCCAUAGCACAGCAUCACCGGCUGAAGAAUUUAGAAUCCGAUUACAAUUCCGAUUUCAACUCGGAAGCCAAUGACGAACUAAAUGACUGGGAACUUGAUUCUGCUCCACUGUUUGACUCCGAGGAGGUCAUAAAUGUUCAAGAGGAACAACCAAACCCUUACUUUUCCUUUCCAAUGGUUGACCAAGUCAAUGAUGACAAACUUGAAGCGGAUUUUGGACCCGUCCCGAAGAAGCUACCCGUCAGGAGACAUAUAAAACCAGAAAAGGAUACCAGUUCUACUUUCGAAAUUCCUGGCGCUUACUCGGGAUUCAACAACCCGAACCCGGACCUUGCGGCAGGGGAAUCGUCAACUCCGUUUGUCGAAUGGGAUGUUUCCACAAAUGAGGUUACGGAUGAUAUGAUGUUUGACUACGGGGAUUUAAACUAUGAAGACAUGGAAUUCGAACCGCAAACGUAUUUCUCAUUCAACGAGUUGCUUGCAUCCGAUGAAGGUGACAAAGUGGGGGACGGGGAUCCACUAGUGACGGGAUCGGCAACGGUCAAUUGUAACCCUGAGCAGUACCACAUGGGCAUAACUUACGAUGAACAAGAACCCAUGUUUUCCGUAGAAACUGGGCUCGAAAUGGUGCCUUGCAAAGUCUGUUCACAAACCGACCCAUGCCCGGACCUGUUUUGCCAGACGUGUGGUCUGUGGCUCCACCAGCAUUGCUCGCCAUGGGGGGAUGACGACUCAUCUUGGGAGCCUGAGACGGGGUGGAAAUGUGGCAACUGUCGGGAGUGGUGCUAGUGGCGGCCUGGCGGGUCCCUUGUUCGAUCAAGGACGAUUGUCUCACGCACCCCACUUCAAACCGGGCAAGCGAAUUGCUGUUUCGUUGAGAUUGUACAGAGCUGCUCAUGGGGAGACGGUAAUGCAUGGUGUAUCUUGACCUAGAUUUUGAAGUUUUCGGAAACGUGUACGGUUGGUUGAUUAGACCGCAUUCUUGGUUGAUAUGAUAUACAUGUUUUCGUUUCAACUAUGGUUUUCGGUACAUUUACAACAUUUUGAUUGAUAGCUAUGCGAUGGGGUACCUGAGGCUAUAGUUUUUGAUGGUUAAGUGACUUUAUUUUUUAAUUGUUUAUGGUAUUGAUCAAGUUUUAUAGAGAUUUUCAAGUUGCUUACUUUGCAAUGUU